AUGGCCUCCAAGAUACCUCACGGGGAGGAAAGUUCCUCUGAAAGGUCUUUAAAUCAUAGAGCUAAUAACAAACCGGAUUCAACAUUUUCUCAACCGACUAGUCGACAUCGCUUUGCUCCGACUUAUGAACGAAGCAAGCAAAAUAGUGAACGAGGCUCUGGUAAGCGUCCAGGGGCUACCACCAAUUUCUACGAUAAUGCCAACCCCAGUCGGUCCGAUUCUUCGAACUGGAGACAACGUAGAAAUCCGCUACUUGAUGGGAAUACAAAUUUGAAAACAAGUUCGACUUAUCAUGAACAGCGAGAUCGUGCUCCGAGUAACGAUCGAUCAAGCUGGAAAAAAAGUGGCGGUCGGACUUUUCAUCGGAAUCCAAGUUUUAAUUCCGAUUUUUCUAAUAAUGAUUCCAGACAAAAUUACAACACAAAAGUUGGUCGAUCUCGAGAUGAAAUCCAGUCUCCCAAAUCAUUAUUUUUUUUGCGCCAUUCAUAUGGGGAUAAGCAGACGGUAGAACUUCGAACUUACAAUGAUUCUGGUUAUGGUAUGGAUACCAUCAGUAAAUCAUCAGGUGGUAGCGAACCAUUUUAUAUUCCACAUCUUUCUCCUAUCUGUCCUAGUAAUCAAGAUGAAAUAAAUGAUUUAUCAGUAAUGCUCCAGUCAUCGCUAACUGAAAUCAAGGGGAAGAUUACUGAUUCCACAUUUAAUCAUUUAAACGCCAAUAUUCGAUAUGGUUUGGUCUAUGUAGAUGUUCCAAGACCGUUUGUCGAUCAAAUGCCAGCUCCGGAUUUUAAGAAACAUCUCAAUCAGAUUUCGCCAUCAGCUCACGGCAAUAAUCCUUUAAUGAAACGGAGAAUUUGCAUCUCAACUGGCUUUUCUCCUAUUAAUGAUAAUUAUUUGCCUAAGUACGAUCAAUUAGAAAGAAAUCCACCAUUAAUUUUGGAUAACGAAGAACAAACAUUUACAGUCGUUUCAGGUUAUGAUAAAAACAAAAUAUACCAGCAGGCUGACUAUAAUAAUCGAAUGGAAUUGAUACGUAAAGAUAAUAGCAUGACUUAUUUACAAUUUGACAUCCGAAAUUCUCCAUGUUCUCCCGAUGUCCAGAUUUCCAUUACUGGUAAUAAUUGUCAAAAUGGGACGGAAACUGUCGCAGGGUAUAGAAAAAAUACUACGAUAAAAAAAUCUACUCCUAUUCUACAAUAUAAUAGAGAUACUGAUGAUAUCGUUGUAGCAAAAGAAUAUGGCGACGUUCGUCAUGUUCGUUGUAAGAAGACGAAAUUUUUUAAAUUAUCCAAAGAUGUCGAAAUAUGGGAAGCUCUACGACAGAAUAUCGUCAUCGAAGCUUCAGAUAUCAUCGAAUAUUCUUACUUAGAUCGAAAGAUCGGUCGAUUUAAUCGACGACUUGAUAAGGCAGAGAUAAAUAUUAGAAUUAAAUUAAACUCAAUACUACGGCUUGAAAACUUGACGCUAUUUGCGGAAAAUUUGCACAAGUUAAUUUUCAUCACUUUGCCUAAAUACUUUGUAAAGCUAAAUCAAUAUGGCCAUCAAAUAGUGAAAUGGAGUCGAAAUUGGAACCCUAAAAUGUCUAAACACGGUUAUCGACAGGAUGAUGGGAAAAUGAAAUUAUUAAACGGUAGGCUACCUCACGAGCAAUUCAAAACAUGGAAAUUAGUAUUACUACGUCACUCUUCUGGGCAUAGUCAGAAAGUAAAAUUUUAUGAGCGUGAAGGUUUUGGCUGCAAUUUCAAAAUAAAUUAUAAGCCAUUAAAUAGUAGCAGCAGGCCUUUACCAUAUUCUCGGAUUUUACCUACACCUGAUACUUGCAAUGAUGAAAUCGAGGAAUUAUCGACAAUGUUCCAGCUAUGGAUAGGUAAAGUUGUGGCAGAAUGCAGUGAUCCUUCAGUAUUUGACAACUUAAACGCUAGCAUUCGAUGUGGUCGUAUGUACUUAGCAAAACUACAACCGUUCGUUACAGAAAUGCCAAUUACUCAAUUUAAAGAACGUCUAAACAGUCGUCAAGUAAAUCCUGAUAAUCGCAUCUUAACCGGUUUUACUUCUAACUGUCAUAAAGAUCUACUCGACUACGCUGAUUUGCAAGAGAAGCCAUUAUUGGUUUUGGAUCAUGAAGAGGAAAUAUUCAGAAUUGCCUUCGAUAUCGAUGACUAUAGAAUUUGUGCUUAUGCCGAUUGUAAAUUCGCUAACGACGAGAUAGAGUUAAUAUCUUAUAACGAAGAUAGAACAUACUUAAAGUUUGAUGUUAAAAAUUCUGGCUAUGGAAAAGAUUUUCGAAUUUCUUUCAUUGGAAAUGACUAUCAGAAUACACAAGAUAUUCCAUCUAAAUGGCAAGAUAUAGCUAUAGAUAAGUGUCCAAUCAUAACACGAGAUAAAACUGCUGGCGACAUCAUUGUGGGAAAGGCAUAUACGGAGUAUAUUCGAAAUGUUAGGCGCAACCGAACAAAAUAUUUCAAGUUCUCGGCACAAGUAGAUUUAUCAGAGGAUCUAAGACAGCUAAUUAUUAUACAGGUUACAGAUACUACAAACUAUUCUCAAUUAGAUAAAAGUACUGGCCGAUUUAAGAAAUCAUUUACAAGUAAAGAACUGAACGUUAAGAUGCCAUUAAAUUCAAUCCUGCAAAGUGGGGAUUGCCACAUGUUAGCACAAAAUUUACACAAGAUAAUGUUUACAAUAUUGCCAGAAUAUUUGGUAAAACGAACUCUACGUAGCAAUCAGUAUUAUCGAAGUGUCUUCAAGAACAAAUUUCGAAAACUUUUCGGGAAUAGAGGCCCUUCUAAUCGCAGACGUAACAAUACAAAGAUUAAGUUCCUUUUAUUGCGUCAUUCUUACAUGGACUAUCAAAUAGUAGAAUUUCAUGAAUAUGAUAAGGAUGCCUGUUAUCGAAUGGAUAGAUAUUAUAGAGCUUUAGCGAAUAAUAGUAAUCCGUUUUACGCACCACAUAUCACGUAUAAUUAUAAUACUGAUUAUGAAGAAAUUAACGAGUUAUCGAACAAGCUCCAGAAAUGGAUUAGUACAGCGGAGAGAAAUUAUGCUAUUGCUUCAAAACUACCCAAAUUUUAUAUGAAACUUCGCUAUGGUCACGUUUACCUAACCGAACUAAAGCCAUACACGUAUAGAAUGACAGUUGAAGAAUUUAAAGAAGACCUACUUAAGAUUAUGCUCCCACCUCGUAGGAAGAAGAAGAAUUCCUAUGAAUUCCAUCGUACGAUAAGAACGGGCUUUUACCCUGCCUACGAAAAUUAUGACGAUGAUAUAGCUAAAAGUGGAGCGUUAGUUUUGGAUCAUGUCGGUGAAACAUAUAGAAUUGCCUUUAACUCUGGUGAUAGCAAAAUUUUAGAUUACGCCGAUUUCAACGAUCAGAUGGAAUUGAUAGCUAAUUACGAAGAUAAAACGUAUUUAAAACUAGAUAUCAAAAAUUCCGGUAAAGGACGAGAUGCGCGAAUUUCUAUUCAUAAUAAUGAAUUUGAAAAUGAGAAACUUUCCUCAAAGAUGUUCAAAAUGGAAGCAGAUGAGCCUGCCAUUUUAACUAGAGAUCGAUAUACUGAUCACGUCAUGGUAGGAAAGGUAUAUACAGACUUUGUAUAUAACGUUAGACACAAAAAAGCAAGACAUUUCAAGUUAUCGGAUAAUGUCCCGUUGUGGGAUAAAUUACGACAAGCAAUUACCGUCAGAAUUGCUGAUGUUGUAGAAUAUUUCAUGUUAGAUCGAUCUAGUGGUCGAUUUCAUGAAAGGCAUGAAAAAGUAGAAGUCAACAUCAGAUUUCAAUUGGAUUCGAUGAUACGUCAAGAAAACUGUCGGUUAUUAGCAGAAAAUUUACACAAAUUAAUGUUUACAAUUUUACCGAGAUAUUUAAGUAGUCAAUAA